GCAGAGAGGACUGUGUGAAGGGAGGAAAAAAAUGCUACGAGGAUAUUAGUAACGCGGGACGGAGAAGGGAUUGCCGAGCCUGAGAGAAAAUGAGCUGACCUAUUGGAUUACUGAGCUGCCAUAGUUGAAGGAAUGACAGCUGCUCGUACAUCAGGAGUACUUUAUGAAUAGGAGUCAGCAAAGAAUACAAAAUGACAACUGCUGGGAUUUCAACACAAGAAACCCAGGUCCCAUUGAAACAUGGGUUUGUGCACAGUGGACAGGGAAUAAUCAGUUCCAAUUCAUGCUGGACGAAUCCUGGUAAUUUUGAAAAUGCAUACUCUCUAACCUGUAGUUUAAGGGCACCUACUCAGCAUAUAUCAGCCAUUGGCCACAUUUCAAAGCCAAUAAUGAACGGACAUUGCUAUUCUGAAAAUUGCAUGAAUGUACAUUUGAAAAAACCAGGGUUUCUUCACCUUGUAGAGGAUUUAUCUACAAACUAUGCAGAAGAUCAUAUUGUUUCUUCCUUAAAAAAACUAUCCAUGAACAGUGGAUCUGGUAAUGAAAAAACACCUCCACUUACACCUGUCAAAAGUGGACCACCACAGUUUUCUGCCAUCUCUUCACACGAUCGAAGUUCAAGGCCGCUUCCUCCUCUUCCAAUAUCAGAGGAUUGUUAUUUCGAUGAUGCAGACAGUGAGGUAGAAUUCUUCACAAGUUCUGAUACAGACUUGCUUUUACAAGAUAAUAGACCAUUAGCCUUUAAGUAUGGAGUUCCCAGUAGGCGAAGCUUCAGGGGAUGUGGACAAAUGAACUAUGCCUAUUGUGAUCCGCCAUCUGUAAAUAAACCAGCAGACGAGAGUCCGACAUCUAACCAAAAUGGACGUAUACACAGCUCAAAACCUCAGAAAUCUGAGCAAAGCCAUAGGAAGCUACGGCGAUCUCAUUCAGGACCAGCUGGAUCUUACAAUAAACCUGCAAUUCGUAUAGGAAGCCAUAUAAAUAGGACUUCCCCUAAUUCUGAUGAAGAAAAACCUGAAGUUCCACCAAGGAUUCCCAUACCUCCCAGGUCACUAAAACCUGAUUACAGGCGGUGGUCGGCAGAAGUUUCUUCAAACACAUACAGUGAUGAAGAUAAACCACCUAAACUGCCACCAAGGGAACCUCUGUCAAGAAGUAACUCUCGUACCCCAAGCCCAAAAAGUCUACCAUCGUACCUCUAUGGGAUAAUGCCCCCAACACAGAGCUUUGCUCCUGAUCCAAAAUAUGUCAGUAGCAAAACUUAUCAAAGGCAAUAUAGUGAGGGAUCAGCCAAUAAAAUCCCUUGUAUUUUGCCCAUUAUUGAAAAUGGUGAGAAGGCCAGUUCUACACAUUAUUAUCUUCUUCCAGAGACAUCCUGCUUAGUGGAGCAGAUAUGAUUUGUACUUUAUGGAAGCAAAAGACUCGGAGGCUAGAAAAGCAGUUUUGUUCGAGUGACGGUAGCAUAUCUUUGAGUUCACCAAAGUCAGAUGUAAAGAUUAAUCUGAUGUCAUUUCUCUAGGUUGUGGCAGGAAUGCCCUAGAAAGGUCAUACAAUAUAUUUAGGAUGUUACUUAAAAUUUAGUACACUGACUUGUAAAGAAAGCUAAAUAUAUACUGCUCCUAUAGAGGAAGUAUGUACAAUAAGCUUCAGGUUCUGCUCAUGUAUUCUUCAAACAAAUAAAGAUUUGAUUGAAGCAAAGCCGAAGCCACACUGAGCCUGCAAAUGUCUGCCCCAUUGAUAUACAAGGCCUUCUGUCAUGAAAACCAAAUGAUGGAUAGGCAUGGAACUGCUAAGUCAAUGCUGAACAAUUAUUUACUGUAACUUGCUUAGAGGCGGGUUUGUGUUGAUCGGGUUUUUAUUUUGCAGUUACAAAAAAAAGGACUGUUGUGUACUGCUGUGUUUAAAAUGGAACGAUUUAGUGAAGGAAUAGAGCAGUAUUUGUAUAUCCUGCCUUUGUAUUUAACACUUUCUGAUCCUGUUCGACACUUUUAUUCCAUAAUUGUGAAUUUCUCUAAAACCAUUCUUUAAUUAGCUGUUGCCACAAAUUCCCAACAGGCUCCAUAAUGUUCAUAUAUUCCCAGAGCUGAGUGAAGCGACAGAUAUGUGGGAUUUCUAAGAUCUGUCUGUCUCUUUCCACCCUUUUUAUGGACAAUUGGCACAUGCUUGCAUCUGUGUUGAAUAGUUGCCAACAUCUGCUCAAUACAUAUGUCAGAAGGUCCAACAGAAGAAUGAUAUGAAGAAAAUUCUGUGUUUUUUUUUUUCCCCCUUAACGUUCCAAUAGUGUUCAUUUUAGUUGCCAGUAAAUUCACUCAUUUUAGCUGUUAAUUCUGAUUUUGUUUUUCUAGUGUGUAAUGAAUGUGAUGCACAAGCUGGACUUGUGUUACUGUCAUCUAUUCAGUAUUUAUCUUUUCAUAUUCUCUAAGCAACUCUUUGAGGGCACAUAACACAAACUCUCCUUCCUAAAUGCUGAUAUAUUCCAUGUUGGAUUUAGCAUCCAAAUAUUUGCUUAGACCAAUAAUUGGAGUGCUUACAGCAGUAAUUGAGGUGUGUGUGUGUGUGUGUACAUUUGAGUGGGUGACUUGUUUAAAAAAACAUACAUAACUUGUCCUGGUCAGGGACAUUUACGUUUGAGAUCCUUAAAUGGGUGGUUCACCUUUAAGUUAACUUCUAGUAUGUUAUAGAAUGGCCAAUUAUAAGCAACUUUUCAAUUGUUCUUCAUUAUUUAUUUUUUAUAGUUUUUUUAAUUAUUUGCCUUCUUCUUUUUACUCUGACCAUCUUUCAAAUUGGGGUCACUGACCCCAUCUAAAAAACAAAUCCUCUGCAAGCCCACAAAUGUAUUGUUAUUGAUAUUUUUAUUACUCGUGUUUCUAUUCAGGCCCUCUGCUAUUCAUACUCUAGUUCUCUUGUUCUAAUCAAUGCAUGGUUGCUAGGGUGAUUUGGACCCUAGCAACCAGAUUGGUGAAAUUGCAAACCGGAGAGCGGCUGAACAAAAAGCUAAAUAACUCAAAAACCACUAAUAUUAAAAAAAUAAAACCAGUUGCAAAUUGUCUCAAAAUAUCACUCUACUAAAAGUUAACUCAAAGGUGAAAGGCUUGUUUGUGUCCAAAAUGAAUCCUUGUUAAGACAAAUUAUCACUUAUGGAUGUCAAACCUGUUACUCUUGUGCUGUUUAGCUACAACUAUUGGGGGGUUAUUUUUUAAAAGCUGAGUUUAUCUUAAUAUUUUCUGAAAUAUACUCCGAUCAAAUCCGCACAUUUUUUUUUCCACUUAUUUAUCAAUACAUUUUCCUGAAAAUGUCAUGUGCUGGAAAAAGCUUGAAAAAAUCGUGAAAAUUUUGAAUUGUACGAUUUUUUUCGGAUUUUUGCCCAAAAACCACAAAAUUUUUGAAUUAUUGCACAAAACCCAGCGCAGAUCAGGAUAUCUUUGGGACCUCUCCCAUUGACUUAUAUACAACCUCGGCAGGUCUGAGAGGCCAAAUAUUCUGAUUCAGACUUUUUCCAUCCUCGGGGUAUAAUAAAUCCCGAAAAAUUCUAGUUUUUUUUCACUAAAAAUUCAGACUUUAUAAUGAAAAAAACUAGAAUUGUUUGAGUUUUUGGCAUUCAGACUUUAAUAAAAAAUCCCUUUGGUGUCCACCAACAGUUCAACAGCCAAAGGACUGGGGGCUGGACAUCCCCAAAUGACAGGUUCAGCAUUACUGAACUAGGCCAUCAAUUGCUGACACUAGAGCAUGUACCCAAUGAAGUCUUAGUAAUUAAGAAACUUUAUCUACUUUGCCCAAGAUUAAGUUGCAAGCCAAAUAAAAUUGUGUUAGAGAUGCAUAUCUAUAGUGAUCAGAUAAUCACCCCUCUACUCUAAAGAUGGCCAUAAAUGGGCUGACCAUGUACGAUUGGCCUAUGGGAUGCCAUACAGAAGGCCAUACAUGCCAAUGGGCACUAUUCUAUUAUUCUGUGUGUCUGGAUUGUCUGCCUGAGUGAUCGGAAUGGUAGGAAGUGAAAUGGAGCUCUUUUUCACUUCUUUUCUGCUGACCAACGGAAAUAUUCUGCCACAGGAUAGACAUUUCUCGAUCCUGCAGAAUCAUAGGAUGUCUAAAUUGCUUCCAACUUGCCAUUUCCCAGUUCGGUUGAGAUCAGCCAAUGUGCCCAACCAAAUCUGAGCAUGUCAGGCCACUUUAAACGCCCAGGGUAUUUAAACCAAGAAGACAAGUUGAAGGCUUGUUAUUAUAUAUAUCACCAAUAAUGUGUGAUGUGCCUUUCUAUAACAAAGCUGCUUUCUUUCUCUAUGUAUUUUCGCAGGCUGCUUUUUCCAUUUUAAUUCAGUGGGAGGACAUUUGGGGCUGAUUUAGCCGUUUUACAUCUCGGUGUGUAGAAUGUUGUGACUAUAACAGAAGAGGUGCUGCUGUCUGAAACAGGUUCAACACUUUAUUUGUCUCUGUCUUCAUUAUCCGGUGAUACACAUGCUGUUUACAGUUCGAAAUAGAUGGAUGUUGUAUAACAGCUAUUUAAGUUGCCAUGUUGUACUACAAACUAAAUGAAGGUAUAAAUGUUAUUCUAGAGUAAAUGCACUGAUAUAACUGCAUAUGUACAGUAUUUGACAAAAUGAUUUUUGCUUUUUUUUUAAUACUGUGUGUUAUGUCUUUUGAAAUUAAUAAAACUAUAAUAUUUAUGACACA